AUGGACUUUGCCAGCCUGAUGAAGUCGCAGAUUGCGUCGUCGACUGCAGCCAAACCGGAAGACAAGGGCAAGAAAUAUCUCAAGCGAUCGGAAAUCGAGGCGCAACGACAAGCAGACUAUGCGCGCGAACAGGAACAACUGGAGAAGGAACGAUUGGAAAGACUCGAUAAGAAGCGCAAGCGAGAGGAAGACGAAGCAGAGCGGCUGCGCGCGCGCGAGGAGAAAAAGCAGCGAUUGGCGAUAGAAAGCAGGAAGUUGCGACAAGAGGAAGAAGAGGCGGCGGAGAGAGCGCGAAGAAAGCGCCUGGGUCUGCCAGAGUUGCAGAAGAAAGAUGACGAAGCGGCGCCACUGAAGGAGGGCGAAGAGGACUUGCCAGAGGAGAGCCUACUAGCGAAACUGCACGAUAUGGGCGAGCCUCGCAUCCUGUUUGGCGAGACACAUGUCCAGCGACUUCGACGAUUCCGCAAGCUGACAGCCAAAGCGCUGGCACCCAAGUUGACCACAGGACCGAUUCCUACAACCCUGGAACUGGUUGCGGAGGCCGACAUGAAAGUGCCGGAAAGCGUGCCCAAAGACCCAGAAGCUCAGAAAUUCCUCCUCCGCCAGCUUGCAUCUUACUUCGAUAUGCUGCUUUCUGAGUGGCAAAAUGCUCUUGCCCGGCGAAGCAAAGAAGUCAAAGACUCUGCGACAGGAAAGCAGGCGUACAACUCCUUUAUCGCGGCUAAAGACAAUCUCGUCCCUCUGUUCAAGAAACUCGAGACCAACACCAUUGACGAGGCUAUCCUGCCGCCUAUUCUAGAGAUUGUAGAUCUUGCGCAGAAGAAGCGUUACGUGCACGCGAACGAUGCGUACCUCAGGCUCAGUAUUGGAAAAGCUGCGUGGCCCAUCGGAGUCACCAUGGUAGGCAUUCACGAGCGAAGCGCGAGAGAGAAGCUUCAUGGCGACAACAAUCAAGCGCAUAUAUUGAGUGAUGAGACUACGCGGAAGAUGCUGCAGGGUAUCAAGCGUUGCUUGAGUUUCGCGCAGACGAGAUGGCCGCCCACUGAUAUUGGACAGCUGAUGGGUUGAUAUCAGCCCAUCUCAGUUCUAAAAACCAGCAGUCCAAUAUGAAUUCCAUGCCACAGCAUCACGAGAGUGCAUCGUUGACCGAGCCCAGCAGCCACGAUAUGUCCUCUUGUGGUCGCGCUCGAUGACCUGCAGCAUCACGUUCGGUGCAGUGAAUGAAGAAGUUGACGCGCUCCCCAGGAAGCAUAUCACAAACAUCUUGAAGCAGUCGAAAGAUCAUGGUUCAGUUCGUGUCGGUGAAGUUAGCGGUACCUAUAUGAGUUCUUCACGAUACUUGGCAUGCACAACCGUAUUCGAUUGCCCGUUGCGGCAAUCCGAAGCGACGCGCAGUUUUGCUCUGAGCGGCCGCCUCAUGCUCACCUCACCUCACCUCGCUUCACCUCACUUCACC